AUGGGAGGAAAGAAAGCCGGUGGAGAAAACUCCAAGAAAGCAGCCGGACAGGCUCGUAAAGCCGAAGCCGCCGCAAGCAAGAAAGCGGCCGAAGAUUCCAAGCGAGCCGCCGAGGAGGACAAGGAGUGGCAGAAGGGCGCAAAGGGCAACUCGAAGAAGGAAGAAGCAGAAGCCAAGAAAGCCGAAGCCGCUCGCAAGAAGGCCGAGCGAGAGGCCCUCCUCGCCGCCGAAGAAGCCUCGCUACCCUCCAAGCCCAAGGGUGCCGGCGCCAAGCAAGCUCAGAAGAAGACGCGCGGUCUGGAUUUGGCGCAGCUGGAUGAUGAGCCCGCCAGCCGCAAGGGCGCUGCUCUCAACGCCACUGGUAUCGAUAAUGCGCUGGAUGCGCUCUCCCUGACCAGCAAGGAUUCGUCGAAGGUCGACCGUCACCCCGAGCGCCGUUACAAAGCGGCGUAUGCGGCGUAUGAGGCGCGCCGGUUGCCAGAGAUUGAGAAGGAGAACCCCGGGUUGCGGAGGCAGCAGCGCGUCGAGCUCUGCAAGAAGGAGUUUGACAAGAGCGAGGAGAACCCGUUCAACCAGGUGCAUGUGUCCUUUGACGCUAGUCGGGAAGAGAUUGCUGCUGCUAAGGAGGCUGAGAGAAGGAAGGUGGAGGCGAGACUGGCUAGUAAAUAA